UUUCUUUUCCUUUCGUUCUAUUUCAUAUUGCUCUUUCAUCCAUUUUUGCUUCAUGGGUCUUCACUUUCUUCCCAAGCUUUCAUCUGGGUUAAAAGCAACAUUGGUGACAUCCAAUAUCCAUUUUUUGUCGGCAUUUCAUAUUGUCAACCAAAGUUCCGACCGUGUAAUUGUAAAUCCUAUUUCCAUUAUGGGAUCACCAAUGUUCAAUUUGGAAUGUGAAAAAGAUUCAGAAAUGAGUAGCAAAGCUUUUUCUGACACGGCCAAGGACAGUGGCACAACCUCCUGCCUUACGAACUCAAUAAAAGCAAAUCCCGAUCAAGGUUUAGUUUCCCUUGACUUGACUCUUCAUUUUAAUUCAAAUAAUAUCGACUCAAAAGGAAGUGGUGAGACAAGUAGUGAUGUAGUUGCUCAUAUUUCGGGCCCGACUAGCCUGAGAAUAUUUUCAUGCAAUUACUGUCAGCGUAAAUUCUUCAGUUCACAGGCCCUGGGUGGCCAUCAAAAUGCUCAUAAGAGGGAGAGGACAAUGGCAAAGCGAGCAAUGCGAAUGGGUAUGUUCUCAAACAGAUAUACCAGCUUGGCUUCACUGCCGCUUCACGGCUCUGCAUAUCGGUCGCUCGGGAUCGAAGCUCAUGCUGCAGUGCACCGUAAAAUCUUACCUGGAGAGCGGCCAUUUAGUGCUAGACCUGGAGCCAUGAUUGAUCAAGGCUACAUUGGAGUGCCAUAUUUUGUGGAAGAGGAUGAUGUUGGUCCAUUUUGGCCGGGGAGUUUUCGACGAGUGAACGGCGAAUUCAUCGGUUCUAAGCCUCAGGAAGAAUCUGAAACUCCAAGUCCGAACUCUGAUAUGAGAAUGCCACCAUCAACAACGAGUACUUCACCAGAUCUUACAUUGAGACUUUAGCAUUAUUAUCUUUAAUCUUUAAUUUUUGUUAUUUUCUACAUAUCUUCACCAUGCUGUUAAUUAUGUAAAGUGAGGUGCCUGCAAGCGUUUUAUUAAAUCAUCAAAUAAAACUUCAAUCCCAAUUCUUCGUUGUCUAA